AUGUCUUCGCCCACUCGCCGGCGCUCCCAAGCUCUAGAGGUCCCCGAAAUAGACUGGCUCGAUUUGCUCAUCUCCACCGUCGGCGGCAUCUCGACCAUAUUGAGCGCUGCAUCGAUACCGUGGAUUUCAGCGCCUGCUGAGAUCGUACUCAAACUCCUCAGGACGCUUAAGACCACAUUGAAAAAUGCCGAAGCCCUCAAGACCUUGGUUACUUCCAUCGUGGAUUUCGUUGUUAUUCUCCGUGAGGCAACUGUUGGGUAUACUGUACAAUCCUCAAGCUCGGUCGCAUCAGUUCGAGACGUUGCAUUCAAGCGGUUAUGCAUCGACUUCACCGACACACUGACCACCAUGCUGAACGACCUCAACGCCAAAGCAAACCGUGAUCAAAAGAACUGGGCAAUGCGGUACUUGAGAUCGAACUCUAUCGCCGAUAAUAUCGUGCAAUACAAGGAGAGAUUAGGACAAAUCUCACAGCAGCUCACGCUAAGGGCUUCUAUCGAGACGCGCUUCUGCAUUCCCGAGAUCAAAGAUGAACUACGAGAAGGGUUCUUGAGGUUGGAUCACCGUAUAGGAUCGACUGAUGUUUAUUACCGAGGGCAGUUCAAGGUUAUACAAAGAGGAGAUCUGUAUAUCCGACGACAGAUAGAACCUGAACCGUGGAGUAAUGCUGUAAUAGCCACACGAACGAGUCGGAACUCUUCCACGCCGAGACGAACGAAACGGCAACGACGUCACGAGCGGUUUUUCGGAGAGCAGCCUGUCCAGCAUUCUGUCGAAUUCGUCGAUUGGGUGGUAUAUGUUUGUGGUCAGGAACGGGAUAGGAUGGCACAUAAGUAUGAGGGACUGGGUUCCAAGGCUGUGUGUACUUUCUCAAUGCUCGUCAUCGUCUACGAUCUCAAUGCAGUACAGAUGUUCGACAAUGAUCUCGACUUCUACGGGAGUGCAAUGCACCCCAACAUAGCGCAAGUCUUCGCCGUUCUUCCUGAUAUUCAGACCAUCGUCUUUCAUGACGACACCACUUGCGGGCUCUGGCAAUAUCUCGUGAGCUUACCUUCUGAUAUGGAUCGUUUGAUCGCUGAAUACCGCAUAAGAGUCGAUAUAAAGAUUCACCGGCUGGCUUCACUUGCAGACAUUUCGUCUUCCGAUCUAUAUCUUGUGGAACAGGUGGACUUCUGGCUGAAGUUCCGACCGCGACGCAAAAUUGACAGGGCGCCCGAUUCGCUUGGCUUGGCCGAUACUUUCAUGUCCCAGAAUGAAGACGACACGGGUUCGAGGCCAAAGGUGUAUGUCUUCGUGGGAGAUGUCACUGUCGAUCUCCGCAAGGACGGUACCACAACGCUUACCGUACCGGAGAUCUAUUGGUCGUCAGAUCCUAACGGGCGCGCACGUUGGUCCGCCGAAGAGCUCGGGCGGUAUCUGGAUGCUUGGGACUUGAAACCAAGUGACUUGACCAUUGAGCCGGGAAUGACGCUUUCGUUUUGGACUCCGUCACACUUAAGUGCCCUUCAUCAGAUGCACAAAUCAUGCGGAUUCGACCCCGACAGCGACGAAAUGGCGAAGGCGAUGGGAUUUCCUAUCCUCGAGCUCAAUCCUGACUACACGCCAAAGAUUAUCGAAGUGAACGACUCCCAAUCUAGGGAAUCAGUUGAGGAUGAAGAUGGCGAUGGGACAGAAUCGGACGCCGCUACCUCAAACUUCUCUGCUCCAGCAUCCGAUUCUUCUGGUAAAGACUCAGAAGCGAAAAGCGCCAAUGUUGUUUGUAGCGGGGAUGCUGAGAUCGAAGCAACAAACUUUUCUUUAAGGGCUACUAGUCUUCAAGUUGAUGACCUCGACGUCGCGACCUCGAAUGUCGAGUCUCGUAAUGCCCUCGUGGUUGUGGAUGAAGACGUGAGUGGAGAAACUGAUAAGAAUAUCCUCCGCCAGUCGAAGAUAACAAUAACCGAAAACAGUGGCUCUGAUCCGGAGGUUCAAGCGGCCUCGAAGACACAGGCUCUCGACGGGUCGGAUGUAACAUCUCUCUCAAACUUGAAUGGUGGUAAUGUCGAAAGCCGGGCUCAGCACGCAGAUUCAGAAGUCUCCGAAACGGCAUCUACGCCUGCAGACUUCACGUACAAGGACCCUGUCACCACAUCUCAGGUGCCAACUAUGAUGACUGAGCAGUUAGCCCUCGACCGGACUUGGACCCAAUACAAGCAGCUAUGCAUGGCCAUCUUGGUGGGAUUAGUCAUCGGCAUCUUCAUACCUUGGGCAUAUAAUCCUUCACUGCUCGUCAUGCCCAAAAUUCGUGUCGAGUUCUGA